GGCAUUUUUAGUGGAUCCAAACACUACCCCAGCACCACCAACUACACCAGCACCAACAGCUCCAAGUGCUUGCCAAAAUGGUGGAGUACUCGUCAAUGCCUUGGAUGGUACAACCUACUGCUAUUGUAUGGGAUUAUUUACUGGAGCGAAAUGCGAGCAGAGGCUUUGCAGCAAUGGAGGUACAAUAGCAUCUGACAACACCUGCAAAUGUCCCAUCGGUUACGAAGGAAUGCACUGUGAGAAUAAAAUGCUUCUUUCUCAAGUCUACGGCUCAUUCGAUGAUAUGAAGAUUGAUCUGCUUAAAGCUGAACACACUAGUGAUACGAGCGGAAGUUGCACAGAUGCGGUAUUCACCCAUACAGCGUAA